CUUCCUGGGGAAGAGCGGAUUGCAAGGGGAAAUGUCAGCUGACAGCUUGUCAAGCAAAGCACUAAAGAUCAAGCGGGAGAUGGGUGAGAACACGCCACACCUGUCAGACGAAGAGUUAAUGGGGUUGUCGGUGCGGGAACUCAACCACCAUCUGCGAGGCCUCUCCAAGGAGGAGGUGGCCCGGCUGAAACAACGUCGGCGCACCCUGAAGAACCGUGGCUAUGCAGCCAGCUGCCGGGUCAAGCGUGUUUGCCAGAAGGAAGAACUGCAGAAGCAGAAGACCGAGUUGGAAAGGGAGGUGGAUAAGCUGGCUCGUGAGAAUGCCGCCAUGCGCCUUGAGCUCGACGCCCUGCGCAGCAAGUAUGAGGCGCUCCAAGGCUUUGCCCGCACGGUCACCGCUCACGGUACUACUGCCAAGGUGGCCACAGCCAGUGUCAUCACCAUCGUCAAAUCUGGCGCCAACCAGGCAUCGUACUCCUAGUGCCUACAAGCAGAGUUGUGAACUGAGUCCUGUUGCCAUUCCUCUGCCCAGCUCUCACCUAGAACGGCUGUAGCUGCACCGGCCCCUUCUCCUCCUCCUCCUUUUCUUCCGCCAUCUUAAGGAGACAGAACAGACUUGAAGACAAAAUGGCUGAACGCUUGAACUUCCUCCU